AUGUAUUCGGAAGUUCUGGCUCGCUAUGAUCCUCGAAAGGAAACCAUAGUCGCUGCUGAUGCCUCUUCUAUCAGAGUUGGAGCAGUGCUUAUCCAGAUUCAGGAGGACGGGGACCGUCGUCCCGUCUAUUAUGCUUCUCGCACUCUAUCAGAAACAGAGAAGCGGUACGCAGUCAUCGAGAAAGAAGCCCUAGCAGCGACCUGGGUCUGUGAGAGGUUCUCGGAUUACAUCACCGGAUUGCAGUUUACGUUAGAGACAGAUCACAAACCUCUCACAACACUGUUCAACACAACUGAGUUGAGCAAGAUGCCUCCACGCAUACUGAGGUUUUGGUUGCGACUCAUGAGGUUUAACCCACACGUCGUCCAUGUCCCUGGAAAGCAACAGCUUGCCGCAGAUGCACUGUCUCGCGCUCCUGUUGGUAAACCGGAUGGAGACGAUCACAAUCUUGUAGAGGAAGUAGAGAGCUAUACAAACGAGAUGUUGGGUACAUUACCUGUAACUACAAACGGCUUGCAGGAAAUACGGGCAGCUCAGAAAGCAGAUGAAGAAUGUUCUCUAAUCCACAAGUAUUGUGUAAAUGGUUGGCCUACCUAUAGGCCCCACCAGCCGCUAAUGCGACCAUACUGGGAGGCACAGAGCCACCUAGCAGUUGUGGAUGAGAUCUUGUUAUAUGACAAUCGAAUUGGUAUUCCGAGAGCCCUGAGGUUGGAUAUCCCUGACUGCAUCCACACUGGUCACCUAGGGAUAACUAAGUGUAGAGCAAGAGCACGUGACUCAGUCUGGUGGCCUGGACUGUCAACUGCUAUUCAAGAGAUGAUUUCUAAGUGUAAUACUUGUGCAAAGGUGAGACAAGACCAGAAAGAACCACUCAUGUCGAGUUCUUUCCCUUCACGCCCAUGGGAACGGCUCGGUAUGGAUCUCUUCGACUUUCAAGGGAAAAUCUAUCUUCUUGUUGUUGACUACUAUUCUCGUUGGUUGGAGAUUAAAAGACUUCACAGUCAGACGUCUGACUACGUUAUUAAUAUCCUCAAGCGAAUGGCGAAGCCGAGCGGGCAGUGCGUACUGCAAAGGAGAUUUUGAAGAAGAACCAAGACCCUUAUCUUGCCCUUCUAUCGUAUCACUCGACACCCCUACAAAAUGGUUUGUCGCCAAGCCAGCUCCUUAUGGGUCGCCGACUGAAGACACAGCUACCCGUUCUCCCAGAUACAUUGAAACCGAAGGACCUUACUUUUGAGUUGGAGAGGGUGGUAUCCAAGGAAAAGUCCUACCGUAGAGCACAAGAAACCAAUUUCAACCGUAGGCAUAGGGCAAGAGAACUGCCCACCUUUGACACUGGAGAUGCAGUAUGGGUCAAGGAUCAAAGUAAGCAAGGUGAGAUCCUUUCUUCCACCCAGUAUCCCAGAUCCUACCUUGUGAAGACUGACAAGGGAAUUCUUAGGCGUAAUCGAUCUGCCUUAGUCUCCAUUACCGAAGGGAGUCAAGAAACGGAACCUACCCGUCCAGAACAAACUGUUGAUACCCCCCAACCCAGCAACCUGUGCCACCACAUACGCCACCCAUAG